GCGCACCAGGAAAGGCCGUCCCUUGAUCCCGUGGUCCAGCUGGUGAAACAGAGGAAGAUGGAAACAACUUUUUAGUUUCUACAUCAACAGCUUUCCUGGCUGGUGAGGAAAUCUACUGGGUCCCUGUCCCCAGCUGCUGAGGUCACUGCCUGCCAUAGGACCUGCUCAUCUUGGAUUCCACAACUCCUGGACAACCUUGAGUGAGGAGAAGAAUCCAGUUUGAAAUCAGCCCCAUUUGGACCUGGCCAGCCUCUACCGCAGUCAGGCUCCCUUUCGAAGCAUUUGAUCAUCAUGAGCAGCGCGAGCCCUCCCAGACUCCUGGACAUCGCCAUCCAGAGCGUGCUGCAGGAUGAGGCCUCAGCCAUUGACGCUCUGGAGUGGCUGCCCGUAGACCUCUUCCGUCCCUUGUUCACGGCAGCCUUUCAGGGUGGACACAGAGAGACAGUGAAGGCCAUGGUGUUUUCCUGGCCCUUCACCUAUCUCCGUCUGGGGGUGCUGAUGGAGGAUUGCGAGUCUCUCUAUGACAUGUUAAAGGCAGCACUCGAUGGUCUUGAGAUGCUGCUUGCCCUCAAGGAUCGACCCAAGAGGUGCAAGCUAAAGCAGCUGGAUUUACGGCUGAACAGUGGCACCGAGAUCUGGAAUACGUGGCUGGCAACCCAAUCCGAUGGCUCUCUGACCUCAUCAGAGGAGCCUGCAGCCACCCAGCCCAGUACUCAGACCCCCAAAGAGGGCAGAUCCAGGUCAGAGGAGAAGCAUCAGCUCCUGCCCCCUGUGAGGGUGCUCAUAGACCUGUGCUUUCAGGAGGAAGUCAUGGAUGAAUUCCUCACCCUCCUCAGUGAAAUCAUCAAGCAGGGAAAGGCUCUGCCUCCCCUAUACUGCAGAAAGGUGGAGUUUGUUGGGGAUGUGCCCAAGUUUUCCAUUCUUGAGGACAUCCUAGAAAUGGUACGGCUGGACUCUGUCUGGGAUGUGGAAGUGCGUGGCCCCUGGGACUUGCAUGACCUCAACUGGUUUGGUUCUUACUUGGCCCGGAUGGUUCACCUGCACACAAUCUCGUUCUCUGGAAUCGUCUUAGAUUGCUUGGGGUUAUGCAUGCAGAAAGGGGUGAAGAAGCUCCUUGCCGAAUUCAGCACUCACUUCCUCUGUCUACAUGAGGUCGAGUGCCUCAUUCUGGAUGGUGUCUUCCUCCAUGGCCACCUCCACUGGCUGCUCAAAUGCUUGCAGACCCCCCUGAAGUAUCUCACCAUUAAGGACUGCAUGCUGGUGGACUCUGACUUGACAUGCCUGUCCUGCUGCCCCUGUACCAGCCACCUGCAGUCCCUGGAUUUGAGUGGUGUCUUUUGUAAAGGCAUACAUUUUGGUUUGCUUGCAGACCUGCUAGAGAGGUUGUCAGCCACCUUGACCAACUUGGACUUAGAUUCUUGUGGCAUCAAGGACUCUGAGUUCAUGGCCUUGAAGCCUGCUCUGGGCCACUGCACCCAGCUCAAGUACUUGGCGUUUUCCGGGAACCCGGUCUCCAGCGGCGUCCUGCUGGCCCUGAUGUAUCACACCAUGCCACGGUGCCAGUUUUCCUUUCUGGAGCUACCUGUCCCUCCCCGUUGCUAUGUGGGACCCGAAGAUACUCUGGAUGAAGGCAGUCUUGAACAGGUCAUGGAGGACCUGACCCUGACCCUGCCGCCAAGCAGGCCCCACUCAAUAAGUUUCCUUUCCUAUCAUAGUCGGAAUGGGUCUGAUGCAAUCAUCAUUGAUUUCAAGUCUUGAUGUCACAAGGCAUCAUGGAGGCCAAGACACAAGGAGAUCUGCUGGGAUGUGCAGGCGCCCCCGAUGUUAUGAAGAGACAACCUCCCCCACCUCCGUCCAAGAGAGAAACCCACUGCCUACCACCCUGUGCUACAUUUCUGCUUCCGACCACUUGCACUAGCCGACAAUAAAGAACUCUUUGUAAUGCUA